UAUAGUUCUACAUCAACAUUCACACAAACUGAUUUCAAUUCAUACCGGUUAAAUUAUGUCUAACUCUUCUUUUUGCUUCAUUAUAUGCCUUUUUUUAAUCACAAUCUCUCGUGGAACAACAUGUUCUACCUUGUUGAAAACACCGCGUGAUUUAAUCGACCAAACAUGUGAAAAAUGUGCAAACCAAUCCACAAUCUUGAGCUACAAUUUAUGCUCAACGUCUCUUCCAACAAUUCCAGUGAGUCGUGCGACAAAUCUUCAAGGAUUGGCUUUAAUUGCGAUGGAGCUAGCUUUAGAGAAUGUGACUAACACGCUUGCAACCAUAGAGAAGCUAUUAGAUGAUGAAACCCUUGAUAACUAUGUGGUGGGUUGCUUAACAGAUUGUUCGGAACUAUAUAAUGAUGCAGCGUGGACGAUAGUGAAUUCUGUAGAUGUUUUUUUGUCCGGGAAUUAUGAAGUAAGUAGGACUUGGAUGAGUUCCGUUAUGGAAGCGGCAUCGACAUGCCAACAAGGUUUUGAAGAGAAGGGUGAAGUUUCUCCUUUGACAGAGGAGAAUUAUGAUCUCUUCCAGUUGUGUGGUAUUGCACUUUGCAUCAUCCACAUGUCCUCCCCUGCAAACGCAAUACCUUUUUAAUUAUCCCACACCAAUUUCAAGUUGGUCAUAUUAUAAGCUGUUGUUGUCUUCAUAGAUACCAAUAAACUGAGAAAUAGAAUGUAAAAAUAGAUAAUUUAUGACAUUGUAUCUUGGGAGAGACAGAAUUAAGAGAGGGAAACUAGCGAGGCGACAGAUAAUUUACAUUAGACCUUAAUAUAUGGUGUUCCCCCCUCCCUUUUUAUUAGGAGUUGUAUAUUGACAUUUCAGAUUGUAAGGGCCUUUGAGCAUUGAGAGGUGCAAACUCUUGAAGUUCUGCAAUCUAUACUGUAAUAAAGAGAAUUCUUCCCUAAUUUUUCUCAUAAAGAUACCGCUAUCUGUCAGAUCCACUUGGAAAAUUUAUCCACUUAUUUUAGUUUUCUCUUUACUUGCCUUUGUACUCCUGUAAGCUAAUUUUUAAACUUUCAUUUA